ACCUACCAUGACUCGCUGUUGUAUGAAGUGCGCCACAAGCACGUGCUAGAGCCAGAACAACAGACUCGGACACGCCAGACCUCGCAGGGAAGCCCGUGUGAAGCUGGGAGCCACGGAAUCCCACGGAAGUGCCAAGAAGACGGAAUCAGUUCUUACAGUUUAAAAAACGAAAGUAAAAUACGCCCGAACCACAAACGCAAGUGAAGGGCAACCCCCCCGUUGUGCGAGGAUUACGGAGGAGUGCAGGAACAAUCCGUGGAGCGGAUUGGGACACGGUGUAAACCAAGAGAACCAUCUCGGAUGCUGUGUGUUAGUGUGUGCAACAGUUGUUAAAUUAGUGAUUUCAACGCUGCUGCCGUCGCUGCUUCGGCCACAGAACCUGCUAAUCAGCCGUUCCGGAAAACCGUUCUGCCAGUGGAUGUCAGGAAACAGCAGGAUGCUAUAUCGCAGGGUUACCGAAAAGUGGGUCGCUGCAUUCGCAGUGACUGUCCUCGUGAUAGUUUUUACGGCUUCCAUCGAAUCGACGUCCGCUCUAAGCUACCGAGGCUACAAACAGGAGAUGAAGGAGCAGCCGGACGAUGUGCUGAUAGAUCUGAUUGCACGAUAUGGCCACACGAUGCUGAGGGCAAAGGACGAGCUAGAAAACUCCAAACGGACAGUUGAUUUUGGACUUUCUCGGGGCUACUCUGGUGCGCAAGAGGCCAAGCAUCGAAUGGCGAUGGCUGUAGCCAACUUUGCCGGUGGACCAGGGAGGAAAAGAAGAUUCGAGGGAAUCAUGCUGUAAAUUACACAUCUAAGACGAGCCAACCCAUUUUUGUCAUGUUAUCAUGAAUAAGUGCAAUACGAUCGAGUAACGGAAACUGACGAACACGAGCCUCACAACACAAUCAAUUCGAGCAAUACAACCGCUUUUUGUCUUCUGUCUAAUGUCGAACGUAGAGUUUAAAUAAACUAUAUAGUCAGUUUUGAUAAAGUA